AUGAACCUCUGUAUGCGGAAGCCGAAAGCUUGUAGUUUCAUGCAGCAGAAACAAGACGGCUCAUGGAAAGCGGCUCACGCGGAACCAAUUCAGGGAGAUUCCUGUACUAUCAGUGGUUUAAAUCCUGGGUCAGCGUACAUUGUGCGAGUAACCGCCAUCAAUUCGGAAAGUCAAGGGACGCCUUCAGAAGGAAGUGAAAUAGUGAAGUUUGAGGAUGUCAGAGAAUUACCGUCGUUCGUGAAUAAGCCUGGAGAUACGGUAGUCGUCAAAGGCACAAAAGUCAAGGUCGCAGUGGAAUUCAGUGGUUUUCCACUGCCAGAAGUGCGCUGGAUGAGGAACAGGAAGGAGAUCUUUUCUGGAGCGCGACAAUGGACCGAGACCUUCGCUGACGUGUCCUCGUUCUCAAUCGCCGAGAUUCGUGACGAAGACGAAGGAGAAUAUACGUAG